AUGAGAAUGGAAGGGAUAAUGGAAAUCUUUUUUGAGAUUUGUUUAAAACUAUUGUGUUAGGGUUGUGGUAGUUGAUCCAAGAGUUCUAAAAUAGUUUGCAGAUUAAUAGAAAAUUGAAGGUGAUUAUCCUACCUUAUAAUAAUAGUAAAGAAUUGUGUUCUUCAUGUAAGAAGAUAUCUCCUAGCUUAAUUAAACGUGUACUUAAAAUAAUAAUUUAUAUUAGGGAUAUAAGGAAUUAUUGAAUCGAUAUGAGCAAGGAAAAAAUUUCUAUCUUGAAUCAAAACCAUUUUAAAACUUAGGAAUAUUGACAGAUACUUGGAAAAUGCAACGGCUUGUAUCAUAGAAAAAUUAUCAAGCAAGUAUUUAUAUGAGGAAAUUAUAAAUUGAUAUAUUUUAACGUAAUAUUAACAUUUGGUUAUUAUUGUAAUAACGCUAUUGGAUUAAUAAAUGUAUAAUGUAUACUAAUCCUGAUUAGUAUGAAAGUUUAAAAUAUAUUUUCUUAAUUUGGAGUAAAACCCUUUCCAAAUUUCUAAGAAUCUUUUAUUUUUUUGAGUAGAAAAAAAUUUAAAUUAUUGUAGCUGUUAUAAAAUUUUAUUGCUAAUUUAUUCUUCUUAUAUAGAAUAAGCAAAAAGUCUCUUUGGAUAAUUCAAAAAAUGAAAGAUUCAGUCAUAUUUAAAUGAAUUGUUAUUUUUUUAACAGGGAUUUUUUUAGUGUUGAAAACACUCAAAAAUUUUGUUCAGAAGGAUAAAAUAAAAAUGAUAGAAGAAUCACGAGAAAUCUGAAUCUGAUUCCGAUGAUAAUUCUAAUUCUGAUACUAAUGACUUUGAUAUUACUCAAUUAGAGUAAUCAGUCUUGAUUUCUAAGGAUGAUGGAUAGUAGAAAUUCAUAAAAGGUUCUGAUCAAUACGAUUAUAAAUACUUUCUAAAUAUCUUGAAUUAGAAAGGAUAUCAAGUUAAUUUGAUUCAUGAUAAUCUAAAGAAUGAACCCAUGUAAACUGAAGAGAUAACUAAAAGAUAAAAAGAGAUUUCAUAAAAGAUGAAUAAGAAAUUAUUUGAAAUCAAUUUUGAGACUUAUCCUAAGAUACAUCUCUAAAUAUAAAGAUAAUUUUAAAUUCAAUUGAGUAAAAAUGCAAAUUAGUACUAAUGUAUAGAUCAAAGAAUUAGUUUAAAGAUUCGAACAAACUAUCUAUCCAUGAUUAUCUAGAGGAUGCUUAUACAGAAAAAGGAAUCAAUAAAUUAUCUCCUGAUUUACUCCAUUAAUUAAAUCUUUUAGAAUUGAUUAAGUCUCCUAAUAAAGUGAUUGAAUCUUCUUUAAUAAAUUAAAUUAGCUGAACGAAAAGGUAAUUUUAAAUAAUAAUAUUGAUAGAAAAAAUAGACUUUACUUUCACAAACUCUUGCUUUAGCAUCUUAACUAUUGAGUAAAUGGAAGAAAUAGGAAAAUUAGAUAAGAAAUUUUUUGACUAUUUUUGUAGGAAAUCUAUUUUUCAAGUAAUUUGGGGAUAUUGAAAAACAAAAAGAGGAUCCUUCUACAAAAUUAGAGAAAAGUAAAGAAAUUAUAUAAAAUUUGAAUGAGGCAUAUAUUUGGACAAAAUAAUAAUCAGAAAAAUUUAAUCCUCUUAGGUAAAUAGUUCUAAGGGGAUUGCUUUAAUAUGGUAAACAAUGA